GUUAGACAGGACGGCUGACUCACUUCUCCUCAACCAGUGCUGUAGGGUGUCACACCGAGGAGAGGGAGAAGAGAGGACGCAGCGUCAAUAACUCCCUCUGCAGUGGUCUGUGACGCUUCUCCCCUUCUGUAUGGAGAUCCCACCCUGGUGUCCGCUACUCAACGGAGUUUGAACAAUCCAUCACUGAGGAAUCGGAAAGGAAAAAGGCUCCUGUUGCUGGAAAGAGACGAGACGGGGGGAAAGAGAAGCUAGGAUUGUGAGGGGGUCUCUGUCUCUUUAAGCUGGCUGUUUGUUGCUGCAGAGUGUGUGGGUGCUGCAGUAGAGAGAGGGAGAGAGAACGAGGGGAGAGAGGAUGAGGGUGCAUUGAUAACAGAGAGAUGAUAGAGAGGAACAAGUGGUACAGCAGAGAUUUAGGGCUCAUAUCCGCACGCUGAGGUGUGAGGGGGGUACAGACGAGAGAGGGGGGGAAAGUGUGAGGCAAGUUGAGAGCAUUAGGGAGUGUGCGAGGAGUCCAGGUGGAGGGGUGGCAGAGCGGGUGGAGAGGGGGCUGUUUAUACGGAGCGUGGCACCGGUGGCAGAGUGGCUGCGCUGGGAUGGCAGAGGGGGGAACUGGGGGGGCUGGCGCUGGGGCUGGGGCAGUCCUCAGAGGGGCGGCCGGGCGCAGGACACGAGGACCACCGAGGGCUACGCGCACAGGUCGGUGCCUGCCGGAUGGUGUCACCAUGCGCCAUCCAUGGCACAGAUAGCACCUCUCGUCCCGGGGCAGGAGGAGGAGGAGGAGGAGGAGGAAGGGGAGGGGGUCGGGUCAGAGGGAGGUGAAGGCGUCGGGGCGGGCAGAAUGUUACUGGGCCAGGUGUCCCUGCGUCUGGAUGAGGUCAGGGGCGAUUCGGAGGGGGAAGUGGGAAGUGCCUGCUUUGGACAGGUGUCCCGCCGGCUGGGGCGGCUGCUGAAGAGGCUGCCCAAGUCCCGCUCCUGGAGCGACAGCCUGAGGAUCCUCCGACGCUCCUCCUCUAACGGGUCCCUGCUCACCCCCUCAGACUGUAGCUACACCUGUCACCUGGAGUGUGAGAGCCGGGUCCAGCUGGACUGCAACCGAAAGGACAGAGAAGAAGAAACUCCAUCUCCCAGAAGACGCUGCUCCUCCGCUGCCCCUCAGUAUAGGCAGAAGGAAGCAAAGGAGGAAGAGACGAGAGGAACAAAGGACCUAUCAGAAGAGGAGGUGUCGAAAAGGAUAAAGGAGUAUAAUGCUCAAGUCUCUGAAAAUGGCAUGAAUCUGGCUUCAGACGGAUCCUACACAGGCUUCAUUAAGGUCAACCUGAGGCUCAGUCGACCGGUCACAGUCCCCGCUGUAGAGGCGGGGGACUCGGAGGGGGCGUCCAGGCAGGCGGGGGGCCGCACUCAACCGUCAGAGGGCCAGGAUGUGUCGGACUGUGGGCAGAGCGAAAAGAGAACAUCCUUCUACCUACCGAGCGACUGUGUGAAGCAGAUCCACAUCUGCUCUCUGACCACCGUCAGCGAGGUCAUCCAGGGCCUGCUGAAGAAGUUCAUGGUGCUGGAUAAUCCCCGCAAGUUUGCACUGUACAGGCAGACGCACCGCGACGGACAGGAUCUGCUCCAGAAGCUUCCUCUGUAUGAGCGUCCUCUUCUCCUGAGGCUGAUAACAGGACCCGACCCAGAGCAGCUCAGCUUUGUCCUUAAAGAAAAUGAGACUGGAGAGGUGGAGUGGUAUGCGUUCUCUGUCCCUGAGCUUCAAAACUUCCUGGUGAUCCUGGGGAACGAGGAGGCGGAGCGCGUCCGGACAGUGGAGCAAAAAUACACCGCUUACCGACAGAAACUACAACGAGCCCUACAACAACAUGACCCCUGACCCCUUCACCUGCUACCUUACGACCUCAAUCCAGGGAGAGACUGACCCUCUGAACCCCCCCCCCCCCCCUCAAGACCCCUGAUCUAUUCCCAGACUGGAGCCGGAGCUGAACUUGUCCUCACCCUCCAACCCAUGCACCCAAACAUACAGUACAUCCACAAACUGAUGCAUACCCUUUCUCAGGACGCAUUCAAGCCCCCCCACCACCUACACAUCAUGGGUGGAAAGCAAAGUGCAAGGCAACAGGUUGUGUGGUCCAUUUUCUGAUUGGACAAGCAGUGUUGCCAAGGACACACACAUAGAAAGAUCCCAUCAACUCAACAUCUAAAACUCUAGCUUGAGACCUCAUUUGGGGCGUAUUAUGAAUCAGUGGUGUUUUUAAAAGGUUCCCUCUUGUUCUGCUACUGCUGCUGCUGCUGCUGCUACUGCAAGUGUUACUUAUGCAUGAGUCUCUCUCAGCUCAUCCCCCUGCACACAGAAGGCAUGUUUCUUUUGAUGGAAGGACAAUCAUACUGUGUCUUCUUUUUAUUGAAUUGGAAUUGAUGUAUAGGGUUAUCAUCAGGUGUAUAUUUUUGUGCUGGAGUACAAGACGUGUGAGGGAGUUGUUUGGUAUAAGAGUUUGGAUGCGAGAACAAGAAGGAAUAGAACGUUAUAAGAAGGCGAGAUCAUUCUUUGAUUUUUCUCAGGGAGCAUGCGUUGAGCAAAGAGAAAACCUUAAGACGGAAAGAAACAGAAUUCAACCCUAUAACAUCACACUUUAUCCCACUUUGUCCAAAUCUCAUUAUUAAAAUGAUCUUUGAUCAGUUUAUUUGUACUUCUUAAACAGAAUCAGAAAUUAAUCCAACCUAGUUAGCAAUCCCCUCCUCACGCACAAGCCCCAACUCUUCCCAGAUGAUAACUGUGAUAUCAUUUUCCCUUUCUAAAUCCUGACCCCUGCAUGAACGCUGAGCGAGGAAAUCCACAAACCGUUACAGAUUUUACACUUUAUUGUAAAAGUGAUUUUAGACUGUUCAUUUAUGGGUUGCAUUUGAAUGAGAGAGGAUUUAUUUUACACCAAAGUUUAGAGGGAGACAUGUAUCGAGAGGAUGUUAAAGGGAAGAGAGACAUUCAGAAGUGUAUUUAAUUUAAAGGUGGUGUAUGUAAAAAGAUUAAACCAGCUUCUGUUUUUGCACAUUUAGAUGCAGUCACUGAAGAGCUCAUGACUCUAGGGCUGGGCAUGCAUUUCUGCUUCUCUUUUCUUUUUACCCCCCUAACAUCUACUCAAAAAAGGAAACAAAAAAUAAGUAGAGUUCAAGAUAAAGGCUAUGAUGUACCAAUGACGUGUUUGCAAUGCAUAUGUAUAAUGUAGACACUGGAAAAAGAGUGAGAAGGUUUAACUUUGUUGCUAUUACGGUAAAUAUUGAUAUUCUUUUGGUAUCAUUCCUACUGGUGUGUGUGUGUGUGUGUGUGUGUGUGUGUGUGUGUGUGUGUGUGUGUGUGUGUGUGUGUGUGUGUGU